UUCAUUCCAAUGGCAUCCCGAAGAGGUGGAGUCUCACUCCCAGACAAACUUAGCAACAACUCAAGCUCCAUCCUCACGAAGAUCUCGCGCUCCUCCAUCGUCACCCGCAACAAGGAAGCUGCCGAUGAUGCCGCAUUCAUCACCAAGAAACUCCUCCGCAGCAUUGGCAAGGCCGCGUGGAUCACCGGCACCACCUUCCUCGUCCUUGUUGUUCCUCUCAUCGUCGAGAUUGACUGCGAGCAGCAGCUCAACGACCUCGAGCUCCAGCAGGCCAACCUCCUCGGCACCCCCGCCCCCAAAUAAAAUUUGAGGUUUUCUCUCUAAUAUGAUGUUCCCUUUUUGGACACUCUGCUAUAUGAACUUCUACUUCUAGGGUUUCCGCUUGCUAUAAUUUUUUUUUACCGUUUCUAGAUUUUUGAUUAUAAAAACCUUACUGUGAGGAGGAGUUUUGUGUAUUCUUACGAUU